GAUAAUGGCAAACAGUGGCAGUGAUACAUCUAAAUCUAGUGCAGUCACAAAUUCAGUGGCUUCAAAUGUUAGAUUUUCUGAGCUCUGUGGACUUUUAGAAAAAAUACACAAGACUCAAGGAAAUGACAAGAAAAAGCGGAUUCUAAAAGAAUUUAUAGACAAGUGGAGAGAUUUUCACCAAAAGCUUCACAAGGAUGACAAAGAAACAGUAAUUACUAAAUUUUAUUACCGUACACAAAACGUUUUUUUACCAUGUUGUAUUUUUCAUUUUAAAUAUUCAUUAGUCAGCAACCAUUCUAGAAGAUUUCAUUAAAAUUAAACCUUACAGUAAGACAUAGAUAACCUGGCUGUCAAAAAUAGGUAGCCUAAAACAUUCUGAUUCCCUAAAUCUAAUUUUUAUUUCUCUAUUAUUUAAAGUUGCAUUUUCAUCUCUAAACAUGAAUAAAAGCAAAACAUAAUAAUUAAAUUCAUUUUACAAUUCAAAUGUAUAUAUUAUGGGUUUGAACUUUUGGAUAAGUCAAUUAUCGGGAAGGCUUUAAUUAAUGCACAAUUAGCCAGUAUUAUCAACAUCGUACUGUAUCAAUAUGAUUAUUAAUGUUAUUUCUAAAGAAGGAAAACAAGUUUGUUAAUUUUUUUACAUUUUAUUUUGUUAUAUUGAAAUAAUUGUUUGUUAAUCAUGUUUAUUAAAAUUACCAAACCUUUUUUUAAUGUUGAAAAUUGUUUAUAUAGGUAUUAUUAAUGGGUUCUAUAUUUUGUGGCUUUAAUUCUAGGAUGACUCCUUUUAUCCUGCAAUAAGGCUGUUGCUUCCACAUCUUGAACGAGAGAGGGUGGCUUAUGGAAUAAAAGAGGUAGAGGCAAUAUUGGGAUGAACUUUUUUUUCAUACAAUUUUUAUAUUAAAUGACGUAUUUACCUGAUAAAAAUUUAAAGCUCUACAAUUAUCUUGUAUAAAGAAUUCUUAUUAAUACAUUUUAUGAUUAAACUAAACUUAAAAAAUCUCAACAAGAAUAUUUACGAAGCAAAGCGGUGACAAAUUAUUAUUAAGAAUUAUUAGUAACAAAAGGCUAUAGUUACUUUGAGAUCCCAAAUAUCUUUGAGAUAUAAAAGUACUUUUACCAUUAAUAAUUAGCGAAAAGUGUAUAAAAUAUCUAUGAGAAAAGUUAUUAUCCAUCAAUAUCUUUUAUCUGAUUUCCAAUCAGCACACAUUUGCCAAACUUUUGAUAGAGCUCAUGUGCCUGGGCAAGGAAAGUCCAGACGCUCAUCGUCUCCUCAAUUUUAAAGCCCCCAAGGCAGCUCAGGGAGUAAGUGCUUAAUUUCAACUUCCUAUUUUGUAAAGUCUGUUCUAAAGUUGCUUUUAAUGAAUGCACAUACAAACUAGAGCAGGGUGAUAUUUAUAUAGGACUGCUCUUUUACUUUAAUUUACAGUACAGAAGUCAACAGAUAAUUAUUUAGGUGUUUUGGACCACAAAUACCCUUUAAAAACACAAAUAAAAUGCCAUGCUAGCAAUCUUUAGAGACCAUUAAUACACACAUUAUUUUUUAAAGAUUGGUAAAAAAAUGUGUGAUUCUGUGCUUAUAGGGCUUGUCAUUUAAUGGUGGAAAUCUAUUAAUAGAACUGCUGUAAUCAUCUGGUAUGUCAAUACUGUUCAGUACUUCUAUGUUAGCAAAGUGGCCCUUAACCUAAAUCAAAACUUGUUUACAACUAUAUUUUACGAAAUAUUUUACACAAUUUUUUUUACUGCUAUAGCUAUAUUCAAGGAUAUACAUUUUGUGAAAAAGGACUUUAUUGAGAGUAAAUUUGAACAUUUUUAUCUAUGAGUAAAAAAAUGAACAGCGCUCCUUCUAUUCCGCUGCCCUGCCUUAUUCCGCACCCUUGAACUUUCUCCGCACCCCACCUCUUCUCCGUUCCCCUUCUCUUCACCCCGCCCUUUCUCUGCCCCAUUCCUUUUCCGCAAUCCCUUCUCCUCACCUCGCCCUUUCUCUGCACUCAAGUGACAGUUCAUUAUAAACCACCUCUUUAGUCGUUGCAAAACUGAGUGGGCAGAAAUAUCUGUCUUUGGCCUGGCACGUCAUUUUCAGUCAGAUGCUGCUGAAACACACUAUUAGCUGCCAUGUUUUAAGAAAUUUUUGUCCCACGUUCUAAAAAUAGUAACAUUACACAGUGCACUAUGACAUUUUCUGGUCUGAGAAAUGACAAACCCUAUCUGUUUGCUUUUGUCUUGAGAUAAGACAUAUUAUAUAAUCUAUGUUUAUGUUUGCCAACUGCUGCAGUUUCAAAUAUCAAGAUGUUUUCUGCUCCAUCUAGGACACUGGGGAUUUUGCCAGUGUUGCUUAUUUUGUCUUGAAAAACCGGUGUCCUGACAAAGGGUCUUUGACAAUUGCGGAAGUCAACCAUGACCUUGAUGCCAUAGCUGUAGGGAAUGCCAACAAAGCCAAGGAGACUGUGCGCAAACACAUCAUGCAUCUGUUGACAUCUCUCAGUGCCAUUGAACAGAAAUGGUUGAUCCGCAUGAUCAUGAAGGAGCUGAAGAUUGGUCUCAGUCAAGCGUCUGUGCUGAGUGUCUACCAUCCAGAUGCAGAGGAGCUCUACAAUGUCAAUAACAAUCUGGAAAAAGUUGGUAGUUUAUCAAGUAAAAAUGCUUACCUUGUUUUAGAGGAAUACAUUGGUUUAAAAGUCUAGCCUAAUAAAUUGUUGCAAUUGAGUUUAGUGCUUAACAACCUCCUGUUGAAUCUUUCAAUUAUAAUUUAAUAUCUUUCUAGAGAUUUAUAAGGUGUUUGGAAACAGAAUUGUUUGGAUAUAUUGGUGCUUAAUUUUUUAAAAAAGGUUCAAUAACAAAGUCAUCAAAUGAAGAUCAACAUUUGAAAAAAAAAAUUCUAACUGCAGAUAAAUAUUAAUAUUAAUUUAGGUUGUUUGAGAUAUUUGAAAACAUUUUUGUUUAAACACAAAGGUGUGUCGAUUACUGCGAGAUCCUAAGACCAGGGCAUAUGAAAUAGGAAUUGAAGUGUUCUCACCUUUUACACCUAUGCUAGGAGAAAGGGCUUCACCUGACAAGGUAAAUACUGCUUUUCUGUUAAUUUUAUUCAAUUUAUUUUGUUGUUAUAUAGAGUGAAAAAAGAUAUUCAAGGUAACCGUAGCAGGUUUACAAAUAACUUUUUUGUUUGUGGUUAAUUAUUUAACUUUAAAAUUACCACAUUAACCUUUUUUUUUAUAAAAUACUAACAGCUCUAUAUAAAUAUUUUUUAAAAAAUUCUCUUUCUUUAAUGAGACAAUGUUUAAAAGCCUUUGAUCUUUUGCUCUAGGUUGAAAAACUUAUGGACAACAAGGCCUACGUGAUAGAAACAAAAUAUGACGGGGAACGUGUUCUGCUCCACAAAGAUGGAGAUGAAUACAAAUACUUUGCAAGAAGGUACAAUAGAUUUUGCAGAAGUUAAAAAAAUCCUUAAUGUUUAGAUGAUAACAUGUAAUUUUUAUUAAAAUUGUAGAGGUAUGUAGUUAAAAUUGUCAUAUAAAAUUAGGAAUUCAAAUGGGUUCUAAGAUUUUGAGAUUAAAUAUUGAACAUCUCUGUUUUAUCAUUGACCACUUGUCAAAAUUUGAAAUCAUGUUAUGAGAUAAGGUAAUUGUUUAAUUAUUUAAAAUUUGGCAAGGUCAACAAUGUUUUAAUUUCUCUUAGCGGCAAUGAACACACUCAGGUUUUUGGUUCAAAUCCAUUUGAGGGGACUUUGACUCCUUACAUUGCCAACUGCUUCAAGCCUGGUGUUAAAAAAUGUAUUUUGGAUGGAGAAAUGUUGGGAUAUCAUGCAGCCACGAAUACAUAUGGUAACUUUAAAUAUUUUAUCUGCAAUUAUAUUGUUUUCAAUAUUUGUUUUCGUACACAAUCUUGCUCAGUAAUGUAUUACCGCUUUCAGUUAACGCAUUUACAUUAUACAUGCACUUAAACCAAAUGAAUUAUACCAGUGGUUCCUAACCAAUUUUGGCUCUCAAAGCCCCGUUUUAGCAUAAAUUUUUAGUCAUACCCCUGUCAUACAAGUUAAAAGUUUUGAGGAGUUUCCUGGAUUGGCGGCCCAGCCCAUGAAAAGUGAGGGUUUCAUGGUUAAACAAGCUGACGGUGUCUUAAGGGCAGUACUAGGAAAGGUAGGUUGUCGCAGUGAUUUGAACCCAAUACUAGGAAAGAUAGGUUUCUUUUUCUAUUGGUAUUUGGGCAAACCUUUUUUUUAAUUUCUUAAAAAUUUGAAGAGGAACAUGGGUUGGGAACCACUGAAUUAUAUAAUUUAACAAAAGCAUUGCCAGCCCACAAUGAUGAUGAGCUUCUGGUUUAAAAAAUGGAAAAAAAAUAUUCUUACCAAAAGAUGAUCAUACAUAUUUCAUGUUAAACAUGAACUGAUUUGAUGUUAGUUUGGAAAAGAGAUUUAAUAAGAAAUAUAGCAAAAUCUUCUCUGUUUUUAUUGAGCCUGGCUAGAGUAAAGCUUAAAAUAUCCUUUGUUCAGGUACCAAGGGGGAGCAGUUUGAAAUAAAGUCAAAAGAUGUUGUUGAAAGAACAGGCUACCAGCCAUGUGUACAGGUAAGUGGUUUUGAUAGGUGUUGCUAGUCAACAAAAGCGUGGCAAUUUCAGGCUUGGAUUUGGUAACAUGUAAACUUUUAAUCCAAUUUGUUUAUAAUAUAUUAACCAUCAACCAUAAUGGCCUGUUCAAAUUGAAAAUAAAAAUAUGUGCAAAUGCUGUUUAAAAAAAGUUCAUCUCAAAGUUUAUAGUUCUAUUACCUGUUAAUAUGGGGGAAUUUUUAAAAUCAAUACAACUUUUUCUUUGUGAAUGUUUGCAUGUUUGAAUAAUUUUUUUUUUUAAAGACUUUGUCAAAUAGGAUCUUGCAGCGUGGGUAAUAAGAAUAAAUCAUGUUGUGCGAAAUGAAAAAUUAGUACAGUGGGUGGUGUAAAACAGCAAUCCAUGGACUUACUGAUAGAAUUCUUGCUGAGACUGAUUCCAUGGGUUGUUGCAUAAUGGCUGUGUUGCUUAUGGUUGAAAUGGCUAGAAAGACUUUGCCAUUGUAUGCUUGUAAUUAGUUUUUGUAGUGUUGCGUUUGUUGUAAAUGUGGUAAAUUAUAGAUUUGUUUUUUUGUUGACUUUGUACCGCGCUUCGAGCCUUUGAGGAUGAAGCCUGUUUUUGAAAUGAACUUUAUUAUUAUUAUUAUUCUGAAGUGAUGUGACAACUUGCUUAUCCAAGGACCAGAUGAAAUGGUUGAAUGGAAUUAGAAUAUAAUCAGAUAUGUUCACAUAUAGCGCCACACAAUUUAUGACCCCUGUUUGCACCUGAUAGCUCUUUAAAUUACAGCUGGACUUUGAAGAAAAAAAAAAAAGAUAAGCAAGACUUACUAAGCUGUUAUCUGUCAUCUCCUGGCAGGUGUUCGAUGUGCUGUUACUGAAUGAUAAGGUGCUGACCAACACACCACUCAUUGAAAGACUGCCUCUGUUAGAAGAUGUCUUCACACCUGUAGAAGGGCAUAUUGUUAGAUCCUCAUACAAGCUAGCUCACAGCAAGUAAAUGGAAUAUUCAAUAUUUUUCAAGACAUUUGGUGGACAAGUAAAACAAUUUCAUGGGCAAAAUUAUUUAUAAAAAUCCUUUUCAAUCAAUUGUGUAAAAUCUUUCUAAUCAGAUGUUUAUUUAAUAAUUUACGUAGUUAUUAUUAAGAAUAUUUAGAACUGUUUUUGUAAAUAAUUAUCAUUUUAUUUAAAUUUAUUGUUUUUGAAAGGGGGCUAUUUAUUAUGGAAAAAAAGAAAUUCCUGGAAAGCAAAAGAUUGUAGCUGUUUUGUUGAUUUUUCAGCAAGGACUAUUAUUAAAAAAAACGUGUAAAAUAUUCCCCAGCCAAGAGUGUGCUGAUGCUCUCAAUGAAGCAAUUGACAACAAAGAGGAAGGCAUCAUGGUAAAACUAGCUGACAGUGUCUAUAGGCCUAAUACUAGAAAAGGUAGGUUGUGACAGUUUCUAUAGGUCCCAUACUAGCAAUGGUAGGCUGUGAAAAUGUCUAUAGGUUCAAUACAUGCAAUGGUAGGCUGUGACAAUGUCUAUAGGUUCAAUACAUGCAAUGGUAGACUGUGACAGUGUCUAUAGGUCCAAUACUAGCAAUGGUAGGCUGUAACUGUGUCUAUAGGUCUAAUACUAGAAAAGGUAGGCUGUGACAGUGUCUAUAGGUCCAAUAAUAGCAAUAGUAGGCUGUGACAGUGUCUAAUAGGUUCAAUACUAGAAAUGGUAGGCUGUGACAGUGUCUAUAGGUCCAAUACUAGCAAUGGUAGGCUGUGACAGUGUCUAUAGGUCCAAUACUAGAAAUGGUAGGCUGUGACAAUGUCUAUAGGUCCAAUACUAGAAAUGGUAGGUUGUGACAGUGUCUAUAGGUGCAAUACUAGCAACAGUAGGCUGUGACAGUGUCUAUAGGUCCAAUACUAGAAAUGGUAGGUUGUGACAGUGUCUAUAGGUCCAAUACUAGCAACGGUAGGCUGUGACAGUGUCUAUAGGUCCAAUACUAGCUAGUGUAGGCUAUGUUUCCUUAUCAGAAUUUGGACAACCCUUUUUUAAGAUUUCUGUUAACUUUGAUGAGGAGCUGUAAGUCCAAGUUGAACUAGUGUUUUGACAUACUAAAUUUUCUUUCCUUUUAAUAAGUUAGAACUAGGUCAGUGGCACAGGAUUGUAUUUAUUUGUACCACUCUACCACUUUACACUCCAUGUACGUGACUUCUAAUUAUUUAUUAGAACUUUUCACCACAUAUAUUAUUAGUCUUAGAUUCCCUUUAACUAAAUAUAGGAGCCUCUCUCUCUUUCUAACCUAAAGAUUGAUAGUGAAAUGAUCAGCUGUGCUCUUUGUCCUUCCAAGCUGAUCUCACUGUUUGGUUUGCAGGCGGCUGGUUUAAGAUAAAACCAGAAUACAUUGGGGGCCUGAUGGACGAGCUGGACGUGCUCGUUGUCGGGGGCUACUUUGGUGUUGGGGAGAGGGGUGGGAUGGUGUCCCACUUCCUGUGUGCGGUGGCGGAGCCCGUGGAGGAAGGAGAGCUGCCAAAAAUCUUCCAUUCAUUUUGUAAAGUGGGUACUUUAUUAAUUUUACAUCAUUGAGGAAAGAAUUGAAAGGAAAUAGGUGGUGCAGGGUAAAGGAAACCCUGAAAAACAACAACAACACUAUGGAACAGUACAAACUUAGAAUAACAAGUAUAACGAUUAUAAAAUAAAAACUUGCCUCAAAUGUAGCAUCUCAGAGAGCACCAAGAGUCCUUGUACUACUUAUUUUCCUUUAUCUAACCUGAUCGCAUUCUCUCCCCCUUCAUAUCAAAUGAUUAGAGCAUUUAGAAGAAUUUUCAAUUUAAAAACUAUUGGUUUACUUCAUUCUCAAGCUACAGGAAAAAAAAUCUUAACACUUACAUCAAUAAAACUCAUACAAGUUGACAAAUAUCACAAGAUACAUUUUUGCCUACAUUGACCUUAAUCCAUGAAACGAUUUUGCCUGCUUUUAUGGACAUAAAUCUAUCUAAUCUGUGCUCUAGGUUGGCUCAGGGUACAGUAAGAAACAGCUGAAAGACUUCAACCAACAACUGACUGAACAUUGGAAAGUGUUCAACAAGAACAACCCACCAAAACACCUGGAGCUGGCAUCGGGCUUCAAAGAGAAACCAGACUUAUGGCUUCCUCCUGAUAAGUCAAAGAUUCUGCAGGUUGUUCAGAUAGAAAUUUGUUCUCAGUGAUGUUAAAAAUUAAAAGAAUAAGAUAGAAAUUUGUUCACAGUGAUGUUAAAAAUUAAAAGAACAAGGAUGAAUGUAACUGAGUAAAACAUGUUACACAUUGUAUAUAUAUCUUGCUAUUUUAACCAAAAGAAUGUUGCAUCUCGUAAAUAUAUUAUGCUAUUUAAACAACAAAAAAGUUACAUAUUGUGUUUGUAUAUAUAAAAGAUCAACGUUUAUGAAAAUUUGAUAUCCUGAUUUCAAUCAUUUAUGCAUUAAUUUUUUUUUACACUUAGAAUACACUUGUCUAACUUGCUGAAUUUUAUGUAAGUCCUAACCCAUAUUUGAAUGUGAUUCAUUGUGAAAAACUGCAUAAAAUAUUCCCCUGGGGCUAAUUAUGACUUUUGGAUUAUUUCAAGGUCAUAUUUUUUAAGCACUUAUAGGGGUCAGUAGGUACAAAAAAAUUGAUAUAAAAUGACAAAACACUGUAAACUAUUAAUGGAAGCCAUUAUUAAAAUAGCAAGAUGAGCAAGAAAUGGAAGAAACAAUCAGAUUAGCUGGUAUGAAGACCAGCCAGCCAAUCUCAAAGCUUUUAUUAUUGGGCCAAAGGCCUUUUGUCUUUUUUUGCCAUAACACUCUAGGCUGAUAGAUCGGCCCUGCCCCCUCAUUAGGCAUCUGUACAUUGUCAUAAUUUUAAUGGAGGAAAAAUUGAACAGCAAAGUUAUUAAAGAAUCGGUACCGGUAAUAUACAAAAAUUUUUUUUUUAAAAACAAAAUACUAACUACUAACUUUAUUAAUUGGAAAUUCUUUUUCCUUUAUUCUCCCAGAUAAAAGCAUCAGAAAUCAUUGACAGUGACAGGUAUAAAGUAGGAUGCACACUAAGAUUUCCAAGGGUAGAAGUGAUUCGUGAUGACAAGCCAUGGUACCAGUGUAUGACAACAAAAGAUGUUGAAGACCUAAGACAGGUAAGUCUAAAGCAGUGCUGAUUCUCAAACUAUUUGAUUGUUCCAGGCUGUGCACAGAGGUGUAACUAAAAGAAAUAAAUAUACUCAGUUUGAAUAGCAAAUCAGAUAAGAUAGGAUAAGAUUCUUUUAUUGAUCCAAACAAAUGGGAAUGUUUUUUUGAUUGCAUUGUACAUUUUCAGCACAUAAAUAAAACAAUUUGAACACAAGACAUUUAUAAUAAAUGAUUUCACUAAUUAAAAAAAACACCAAAAAAAAAAAAUUAAAAAAUCAGCCAUUCAGUGAAUUCUCUUAGCCAUAUUAUUAUAGCCUACACAUGAAUGUUUUAUCAUAAUAAUAGUGUGGUGCAAUAUUCCAAAAGCAUGAGAACCUUUGGCCAUCAAAAGCACAUGACAGCACAUGUUAUUAGUAAAGUAGAAUUGAUAUCAUAUUAAAUUGUAUCAAUUUUCAUCCUAAUUGUUCUUUAUAAUCAGUUGAAGUCAUUUUUGAUUUUACACCACCAUUUUUAGUUAAACCUAUCUAAAAAUAGAAAAUCUCUUUUUUUUAAAAAAAAAAAAAACAAUAACAGAAGACUUAAGCUGGUCUUGAGUAUAAAUGCCAUUGUCUUAUACAAGAAAUUUCAUGUGCUUUAAAAAUUAUUAUUUUUUUUACCUUAAAAUUAUUUUUCUCUGACUGUAAAAGUCAUGUCCACCCAAGAAAAGCACCCAAGUGCAAUUUUAUGUACUUCUGUUCCCAGAAAUCAGGGGGCAAGUUGGUAGGGAUGAGAUUUGAGCUAGGAGAUAAUGAAGAGCCUUCCAAGAAAAAGAGAAAAGUUGUUAGCCGUGCUGUUCGUCCAGCUCUGAUGGCCCAGUUUAAAGGUGCAGACGUUUCCAAAGUGAAAAAAGUAAACUUUAUGUUUUUGAGGGGGGUGGUUUUAGCCACAUUUUCUAAUCAUAAAAAUCAUCUUAGAAAUUUAUCAAAGCUUUUAACACACUAUGGCAUUGACUUCAUUGCAUACAUUUCAUAAAAAUUGACUUAAACCAGGUUUAGUUUUUACUUGUUCAAAAAUAGUAAUUUGUUUUACAUUCUGUGAAAAUUUGUUUAUUUGGUAUUUUUUAAAAAUUGGCAUUAGGUUUCUGAGCUUUUGAAAGGCAAAGAAUUCUGUGUCAUUGACGGUCCGGCCAACUUUCCAAAACAGGAGCUGGAGAAAAAAAUUGUGGAGUUUGGUGGAGGCGUUGUUCAAAAUCCUGGUAGGCUGUUACGGAAAUGUCUCUAUUUGCAAACAUCAACAACUACUUAGUAGUGUUGGUUGCUUUGUUCAAUUGUGUGCAAUCAUUUGUGAAAGGUAUCAAUCAAAAUGUGUAAGUGGACAAUUCUUUUGAAUAAAAUCCAGUACUAUUGAUUUUUUAAAAAUUAUUAUCACAGCGAAACAAAAUGAUUUCUGAUUUUAGUAUAUAUAAAAAAAAGUGUCCUUUAAAAAAAAAAAGGUGGGGGGGGUGGGGGGGCACACUUUAGGUCUGUUCUUUGUUCUGAAAAUUACCACCAUAUUGUCUUCUUCAGAUACCACCACACUGUGUGUCAUAGCUGAGAAAGUUGCUGUCAGAGUAAAGAAUCUUAUCAAGAACAGCAAAUAUGACAUUGUCAAAGCUGAUUGGCUAUCCAGGGUCAUUCAGUCUGAAUCUUGGAUUAAAUGGUAUGGAUGAGUUUUCAGGAUAAUAAACAAAGAAAGUUUUGCUUUUAAAAACAGUUGGCAUUUGCCUUGCAGUGCAUCCAUAUAUAGGGUAUUAGGGACAAGUUUCAGUACACAGUUAAAGCAGAUAUGAUAACCAAGUUCCUUAAAGGCUGACAUAUUUUUAAAUUUAAAGUUUUUUAUUAAAAUCUAGUGUCGAUUUUGCUUUUACCCUUGUAGGUCCCCUGCUGAUAUGAUCCACACAACGGCAGCUACAAAAAAAAUAUUGGAAGAAGAUUUUGAUGGGUUUGGCGACAGUUACACACAGGAUGUGACAGAGGAGGAGCUUCGCAAAAUUUUUGAUGGAAUGGUGAUUACUUUUAUCUUUUUGCAUUACUGCAGUGAGCAGCUUUUCAAUAAGUUCAACGUCGACAGAUCUAAUUUCAUAUUAUAUUUCUUAUUACUGCGGUACUUUUUUUUUUUGUCUCUGAGGCAACUUUUUACAUUUUUUCCUUACCCUUCACUUUUAAUCAGCUAAGGCUCUCUCCUGAACCAUCCAUUUACUUUCCUAUCAUAAAGCUCAACUAUUGCUUUAACUCACUGUACCACUUUGUAAAAUAAGAUUUGUCAGAUAAGACUUUCAAAUACUUGUGUAUAUAAUUGUAUCUUUUGUCCGAUGUCCUGACAGGAGAAUGUCCAAUCUGUGUCAAGAGAAGAUAUAUUGGAGAUAGAGGAAGAAUAUUUUCCAUGUGACUCACCUUACAGCUUGUUUAGACCAUGCAGGUACGGCAAAAUAUAAACUAACAUUACCUCAAGAAACCCAAACAAAGAGACAUUUAUUGCAAAUUUCUUUGCAAAAUUCAAAAUGUUUUCUUUAUAACAUGUUCAUUUCAUAUUUGAAAAAAAAAAAAAUUAUAUUCUUCAGCAAUUAUUGACCUGGUUCACAAUGUAGAAUUGAAAAAAUGCAUUCACAAUGUAGAAUUGAAAAAAAUGCAUUCACAAUGUAGAAUUGAAAAAAUGCAUUGCAUAUUUAAAGCAGUGUAAAAAAAUAGUGCGCUCUUGUCAUAUAAGUUUAGUGCUCUCUUUUGGAUCUACAGUAUAAGCUGAUUGUUUUCACUCAAAAAAAAAAAAAAAAAAAAAAUGUAGAAUUGAAAAAAUGCAUUGCAUGUUUAAAGCAUUGUAAAAAAAUAGUGCGCUCUUGUCAUAUAAGUUUAGUGCUCUCUUUUGGAUCUAAAGUAUAAGCUGAUUGUUUUCACUCAAAAAAAAAAAAAAAAAAAAAAGGAGAGGACAAGAGAGACUUGCUUGAUUUGAAAGCAACAUAAAAUACCAUUGAAUAUUUUCUAUAUAAAUAACAUAUCUGAGGACAUCACAACAUACCAACGGUUUGUUUCUCUAUCAAUAUAUCAUUCUUGACAAAGUAGUGAUGCAGGUUAUACAGGUUUUAUUUUAUAUGUAUUGAAACAUGUGUCCAGUCUGAAACAUCUGUCCAGUCUGAAACAUGUGUCCAGUCUGAAACGUGUGUCCGGUCUGAAAUGUGUGUCCAGUCGUCCGUCUGAAAAAUGUCCAUAUUCUGUUUCUGAUUUUGCCUUUAAAAAAAAAAAAAUUAAAAAUGGUCAUGUUUUUUCAGGAUUUAUGUUGAUCAAUUCCUGGCACUUGAAGACCCCACUACUCGCAUAUCAGACUGUCCCCUUGACUUGCUGGCCUUGGAGCUGCGCUUUUUUGGAGCAGAGGUUACAGACCAAUUGGACUCUAGUGUCUCUCAUGUCUUGGUCAAUGAUCGGUAUGUAUUAUUUUUAUGUCAUUAAUCUUGAUGAGAUUGCUGGCAGGCAGUGUGCUGAAAAGAUGGGCAGGCCAGCCUUAUCUCUAAUUUGGAAAAGGUUUAAAAAAAUCAUUUUUCAAGUAAGUAUUUUUCAGGCUUCAACUCCUGCGUGUCUCAAGUUUAUUAUAUGAAUAUAUAUUUAAAUCUAUAAUAAAAAAUUUGAUUUGCUGUUUAUGAAUGACAAGAGGGGCUGUUUUUUUCCUUGAAAGACUGAAACAGUUGUGUCAUCCAUCUAUAAUAAAAAUGGAGUUCACUGCUAUCUAGAUUAUCUUUUCAGGCAUUUGAAACCAUGGGCUAUGACUAUCAUUUGUCAUUAAUUAUAUAAUAUAAAUUAUGCUUAGUGUUGAAAGGUAUAUGCCAGAUGCACAAUUAAAUUUUGACUAUCUCCGUACUUGAUUUAGGUCCAAUUGUUUGAAAAUAUUCAGAGAUAAUGAAAGGUUUUUGUUUUUUUGGGUGAAUGAUAACUCUGAUGGUUUCAGAUGGAAGUGUGUGGUCGUCUUCCCAUUUUUGUAUUCUUAACACCAUUAACAUCAUUGAUGUAUAAUUUAUAGGAAUUAAAAAAAAAAAUAAAUUAUGAAGUGCCUGUCAGGUAAAACCACACCAAAACUUGUUCGCUUGAAAGCAGAGUGACCUGUCUAGUAACAACACACCAAAAACUAUCGGCCUGUCUAGUAACAACACACCAAAAACUAUCAGCCUGUCUAGUAACAACACACCAAAAAUUAUCGGCCUGUCUAGUAACAACACACUAAAAACUAUCGGCCUGUCUAGUAACAACAUACCAAAAACUAUCGGCCUGUCUAGUAACAACACACGAAAAACUAUCGGCCUCUCUAGUAACAACACACUAAAAACUAUCGGCCUGUCUAGUAACAACAUACCAAAAACUAUCGGCCUGUCUAGUAACAACAUACCAAAACGUAUCGGCCUGUCUAGUAACAACACACCAAAAACUAUCGGCCUGUCUAGUAACAACACACCAAAACCCAUGGGCCUGUCUAGUAACAACACACCAAAAACUAUUGGCCUGUCUAGUAACAACACACCAAAAACUAUCGGCCUGUCUAGUAACAACACACUAAAAACUAUCGGCCUGUCUAGUAACAACAUACCAAAAACUAUAGGCCUGUCUAGUAACAACAUACCAAAAACUAUCGGCCUGUCUAGUAACAACACACCAAAAAGUAUCGGCCUGUCUAGUAACAACACACCAAAACCCAUGGGCCUGUCUAGUAACAACACACCAAAAAGUAUCGGCCUGUCUAGUAACAACACACCAAAACCCAUGGGCCUGUCUAGUAACAACACACCAAAAACUAUCCGCCUGUCUAGUAACAACACACCAAAACUCGUUGGCUUGACAGCAGCAUUCAGGACUGGCACUCAGCCACUAAAAGAAUGAAGCUGUUUUUUUUUUUAAUAACUCUCAUCUGCCAGUUAAUUUGAAUUUGAUGUUCCUUGGUCCUUACUUGAGUUUGAUCACACCACGUCAAACAAUUUCAUCUUGAUUGAAUGAACAUAUUUAGAAGAACAGUCUUUUGGGUUUCUCUGUAUUCUAUGCUAGUUUUUAUUCAUUGAAAUAAUUUAAUUACUAUACAUUUUUUUAAAAGAAAAGAUUAAAAAAAAACCAACAUUAAAAUAACUAAACUUAUCUCUUUCAGCGAUUUGAGCAGGCUGGAUAGCAUAAAGGAGCUGCGGAGGAAGAGGCAGAAAAAGUUUCACAUCAUCACAGAGAAGUGGGUCAGGGCAUGUAUGGAAGAAGGCUGCAUCUGCCCCGAGAGGAAAUUCGAGCCCUGAAACUAGGGACGGUGUCUUAAAAUGACUUUGUUAACGAUAACUUACUGAACAAACAUGCAUACAAUUUUGUUCAUAUUGUAAAUGUAUGUGAACAGACAUACAUGAUAAAGUAUAAAAUGUUAAUUACUAAAAAAUCAAAUCAAAAAGGUGUCUUACUACCUUCUUUGCCUGACUUAUAAUUUCAUCCUUGAGAUAUGGAACUUGGUUAUCUAGAAAGUGACUACUGCAUCAUUCUUGUUCAUUGCAAUUUUUAGUUGUGCCAUUGAGUUAAACAAAACCAAAAAAGUCUUGUUUACUGAAUUAUACUCUUUGAGCAGAAUGACUAUGUUCCUCCUCAUCCUCAUGUCACUUAGUCCUUGGACCGUUGGGGCGCCACAGAUGACAUGUGAACCAUCCUCCUCCAUUCCUCUCUGUCUUCAGCACUACGCAAUGCAUCGCCCAGUGUUAGUCCUGUCCACUCUUUGAUGUUAUCCUCCCAUCUUUUUCUUUGUCUUCCUCUUCUUCUCCCUCC